AACACACAGAAGAAGAAGCAGCUGCUCUGAAGUGAUGCUAGCUGCUAACGGUCUCUGCUCACUGCUGCUCAAAACUCUGCAGUUUGACGUUUAAUCUCCUCUAAUCUUAUUUUAAAUGGAGCCUCGUGACCUCCGCGCGCUGUCGGUGAGAGCCCCGGAAUCAAAACGCUUCUCCCGCGCUGUUUUGUGAAGAUGACGUUAGCGUUAGCUCGUUUUGUUGGCGCGGCGGUUAGCGGCGGAGCUAACGUUGGGCUCCGGUCUUAACGGUGUUCAGGUCGAGUCUCCGCCGAUGGCCGUUAACGAGAUCCAGUGAAUAAAGCCGGAUUAUCUGGAGCUCCUCUGCUGGAUCAGCCGUCAGCAUCAGAGACGUUCACCGUGUGAUGAUCCAGCGGGGCUUUGAUGGGGCUCCUCAGGAUCAUGAUGCCGCCCAAGUUCCAGCUUUUGGCUGUUUUGGCUUUCGGAGUGUCGAUGCUUUUUAUUGAGAACCAGAUCCAGAAACUGGAGGAGUCCAGAGCCAGACUCGAGCGCACCAUCGCCCGACACGAGGUGGCUGAGGUCGAGCAGCGUCACAGUGAUGACACCGGGAGGGAGUCGUCGCCGCUGUCAGAAAAAGACGACAUGGUCAUCAUCUACAACAGAGUCCCCAAGACGGCCAGCACAUCCUUCACUAACAUCGCCUACGACCUGUGCGGGAAGAACCGCUUCCACGUCCUGCACAUCAACACGACCAAAAACAAUCCUGUCAUGUCUCUGCAGGACCAGGUGCGCUUUGUCAGGAACGUCACCUCGUGGAGGGAGAUGAAGCCCGGCUUCUACCACGGCCACGUCGCUUACCUGGACUUUUCAAAAUACGGGGCAAAGAGUAAACCCAUGUACAUAAACGUGGUGAGGGACCCCAUCGAGCGCCUGGUGUCGUACUACUACUUCUUACGUUUUGGGGACGACUACAGACCCGGUCUCCGACGCAGAAAACAAGGAGACAAAAAGACAUUUGACGAGUGUGUGUCAUCGGGGGGGUCGGACUGUGCCCCCGAAAAACUCUGGCUGCAGAUCCCCUUCUUCUGCGGACACCACUCAGAGUGCUGGAAUGCGGGCAGCCGAUGGGCUCUGGAAAAGGCCAAAUACAACCUGGUGAACGAGUACCUGCUGGUCGGAGUCACCGAGGAGCUGGAGGACUUCAUCAUGAUCCUGGAGGCAGCGCUGCCACGCUUCUUCAAGGGAGCCACGGACCUCUACAGGACAGGAAAGAAGUCCCAUCUGCGAAAGACCACCGAAAAGAAACCCCCCACCAAAGAGACGAUAGCCAAGCUGCAGCAGUCCGACAUCUGGAAAAUCGAGAACGAGUUUUACGAGUUUGCACUCGAACAGUUUCAGUUCGUGCGCGCUCACGCCGUCAGGGAAAAAGACGGAGAGCUUUUUGUCCUGGCUCAGAGCUUCUUCUACGAAAAGAUCUACCCCAAAGUGAACUAAGAGUGGGACUUUCCAGGACUUUCCAGGACUCCAUUAGAAGUCAUUUACACUGGGAGGAAAAGACCAUCAGCGAGUGGUGCUGGUGAAAGCUUUUUUUGACCGUGUUCGAGAGCAGAGAAUCCGUCAGACUGCACAGAGGAAUUUCUCUGUCUUUUUUAACGCCGGUGCAGCUGUUGAACUUAACGUGGACAGAAAGCGUCGGUGUGAGCCGAUACAUCUCAAAACCCCCCAGACGCAAGCGGCCGUCGAUUAUGAAUUUCUGCGUUUGGUUUUUAGUUGGAGAGCCGAGAUAAAAGCAGCAAACCUCAACAAAUUUAAAACCACUUUAACCCUUUGAAACCGGGAUCCACAUCACUUUUUUGUGCUGCGUUCAGACGCCUUUCACACGUCUUUAAACCUCUGAUCCCUGAGCAAAACGGAUCCGUUUCUUUCAAAAAACAUGGGAAAAAAGGCAAUGAGCAUUUUGGUUACAAAUGUCUGAAAAAAAAGUAAAUUGGAAAGUUUGAGAAAUUAGAAAAUAGAAGU